AUGUGCAUUGCCGCAAACACCACGAGAUUCGUCUGUGAUGACAAUUUUGAUUCUACUCGGCAUAGAUACGCCCAUAUCCAGGAAUGGACAGGAUGCCCUAAUCAUCCUGACAGAAGACUCCACGGCAGAAAAUUCAAAGAAGAUAAAUAUCUCAAGCCUUGCUCUGGUACACCCCCAGUUCCCAUCGCAACAAGCCUUUGUCCCGACUGUGCUGCCUCUCACAGCAAGUAUCAUCAAGAAGUCAUACUGUCCCAUAUUUCACGCAUAAUGCACAGAACUGCAGAAGUCAAGGACUAUCCAUGCGAUUUUGAAGAUCUCCAUUAUGAGGUCGAGUGGUUGUACCGCAUUCUCAAGAGGUGUGACUUUUAUACAUAUUUGGAGCCCGCUCGGCUCGGAGAGCAAUAUAGGAACGACGCAAUACCUGCGAGAGAUCCGAAUUAUGGAUUAUUAGCAUCAUUUCUUUUCCACGAGAGCACCCAAUACUCAGCUCAACUAAGCAAUGUGUACUUAAAGGAGCUGUUCCGCGAAGCAGAGCACCAGGAAUACAGGGGUAGUCCUGUUGAUCGCAUGAAUUCGAUGAGAAAGUUGUUUUGUCAGAUAAUCGGGGUAGUAAUUGAGAUCUCUCGUUUGCAAGGUGAAAGUCUUCGAGCGGAAGAUGAGGAGGAUCGUGCUGAGAAAGAGAGAGUUCAGCGUAUUGAGGCAGCAAAAACCCCAGAGCAAAGACGCGAGGAUGAUGCGAACCGUGAAUGGCGAGCUAAACAGGACAAAGAAGAUUCUCGUCCAAGGCAAAUGACACAGUAUUCUACGCAGGAUUUGUACGCUCCACAGGCGGGAGGUACAUCGAGCGCUCAUCGAUCUCAAACUCGACAUCUCCAACGCUAUCGGGAAAGUUAG